UCUCCAUUCGCUAGCCGCCUCGCUCCGGGUCCCCACGGCUGUGAACUGAUCUGGCUGGGGGGGAGGAGGAAAGCUCCGGCGAACGAAAGAGAGAGGGAGGGAGAGCGAGCGAACCAGCGAGAAAGCCGCGGGGGCAGAGGGACUAGUGACCGCCUUCCGGAGCCGGGAUUCAUGCCUGUCCUCGGGACCAGCCAAGGGGACUUUACGGCUGAGUAUGAGCCAGGCUGCUAGGAGCCAGGUACCCUCACGCCUGCAGUCCCCGCGCCGUUCCCGGUAUGCGAGCUGGACGCAGGGCUCUCCCAAGUUCCCACCAAACCGAAUAAAAAGCGUCCGCCUGCAGCUCUCCGCCAAAGACGGACAUUGACUCCAGGACUCCACAGAAUGGAGCAAGAAUGAGAGGAAAAAGGCCGGCAGAAAAGCAUGAACUGGAGGUUUGUUGAGCUCCUCUACUUCCUGUUUAUAUGGGGCCGUAUCUCAGUGCAGCCCUCCCACCAGGAACCAGCUGGGACAGACCAACAUGUCUCCAAGGAAUUUGAUUGGCUCAUUUCAGACAGGGGGCCUUUCCACCACUCCAGGAGCUACCUAUCCUUUGUGGAAAGACACCGUCAAGGAUUUACAACCAGAUAUAAAAUAUACAGGGAGUUUGCCCGUUGGAAGGUGAGGAACACAGCCAUCGAGAGGAGAGACUUGGUCCGCCACCCAGUGCCCCUCAUGCCGGAGUUUCAAAGGAGCAUCCGCCUGCUUGGCAGGAGACCCACCACCCAGCAAUUCAUCGACACCAUCAUCAAAAAGUACGGCACCCACCUCCUCAUUUCUGCCACCUUGGGAGGGGAGGAGGCCUUGACCAUGUACAUGGACAAAAGUCGCCUCGACAGGAAGUCAGGGAAUGCCACUCAAAGCGUUGAAGCUCUGCACCAGCUUGCGUCAUCCUACUUUGUUGACCGUGAUGGCACCAUGAGGAGGCUCCAUGAGAUCCAGAUAUCAACUGGAGCAAUCAAGGUCACAGAGACACGCACUGGGCCUCUGGGCUGUAACAGCUAUGACAAUCUGGACUCUGUGAGUUCCGUCCUUCUGCAAAGCACCGAGAGCAAACUUCAUCUUCAAGGUCUGCAGAUCAUCUUCCCUCAGUACCUGCAAGAGAAGUUUGUCCAGUCGGCCCUGAGCUACAUCAUGUGCAACGGCGAGGGCGAGUACGUGUGCCAGAACAGCCAGUGCCGAUGCCAGUGUGCGGAGGAGUUCCCCCAGUGCAACUGCCCCAUCACCGACAUCCAGAUCAUGGAGUACACGCUGGCCAACAUGGCCAAGUCUUGGGCCGAAGCUUACAAGGACCUGGAGAAUUCAGAUGAGUUUAAAUCGUUUAUGAAGCGUCUCCCCAGCAACCACUUCCUGACCAUUGGGAGCAUCCAUCAGCACUGGGGCAACGACUGGGACCUGCAGAACCGCUACAAGCUCCUGCAGAGCUCCAUGGAGGCCCAGAGGCAGAAGAUCCAACGCACCGCCCGCAAGCUCUUCGGCCUCAGCGUCCGCUGCCGCCACAAUCCCAACCACCAGCUGCCCAGAGAGAGGACAAUUCAGCAGUGGCUGGCAAGGGUCCAGUCGCUUCUCUACUGCAAUGAGAACGGGUUUUGGGGAAGCUUCCUGGAGAGCCAGCGGAGCUGCGUGUGCCACGGGAGCACGACGCUUUGCCAGCGCCCCAUCCCCUGCAUCAUAGGCGGGAACAACAGCUGUGCCAUGUGCAGCCUGGCCAACAUCUCGCUCUGCGGCUCCUGCAACAAGGGCUAUAAGCUGUACCGAGGCCGCUGCGAACCCCAGAAUGUGGACUCGGAGCGGAGCGAGCAGUUCAUCAGCUUCGAGACCGACCUGGACUUCCAGGACCUGGAGCUGAAGUACCUGCUGCAGAAGAUGGACUCGCGCCUCUACGUCCACACCACCUUCGUCAGCAACGAAAUCCGCCUCGACACCUUCUUCGACCCGCGGUGGCGCAAGCGCAUGUCCCUCACUCUCAAAAGCAACAAGAACCGCAUGGACUUCAUCCACAUGGUGAUCGGCAUGUCUAUGCGCAUCUGCCAGAUGCGAAACAGCAGCCUGGACCCCAUGUUCUUUGUCUACGUCAACCCCUUCAGCGGGAGCCACUCGGAGGGCUGGAACAUGCCCUUCGGGGAAUUUGGCUACCCGCGCUGGGAGAAGAUCCGUCUCCAAAACAGCCAGUGCUACAACUGGACUCUCUUGCUGGGCAAUCGGUGGAAAACGUUUUUCGAGACGGUCCACAUCUACCUACGCAGUCGGACUCGGCUAACCACCGUCCUGCGGAAUGAGACCGGCCAGGGCCCCGUGGACCUGUCCGACCCCAACAAGAGGCAGUUCUACAUCAAGAUCUCGGACGUGCAGGUGUUCGGCUACAGCCUGAGGUUCAACGCUGACCUCCUCCGCAGCGCGGUGCAGCAGGUCAACCAGUCCUACACGCAGGGAGGCCAGUUCUACUCCUCUUCGUCCGUGAUGCUCCUCUUGUUGGAUAUUCGGGACCGAAUUAACCGCCUGGCCCCUCCGGUGGCCCCGGGGAAACCGCAGCUGGACUUGUUCUCCUGUAUGCUGAAGCACCGCCUGAAGCUGACCAACAGCGAGAUCAUCAGGGUGAACCACGCCUUGGACCUCUACAACACGGAGAUCCUCAAACAGUCGGACCAGAUGACGGCCAAGCUCUGCUAACCGGGGACUCCUGGCCACGGACUUCCCCUUUUGUUGGACAAACAUAACAGGACAAAAACAGAUAAAAAUAAAUACAAAAUUUGUAAAAUGUAAUUACUAUUCCAAGAGGAGGAGGAAGAUCUUCGUUCGUUGGAAACUAAAAACGUUCUAGCAACUGUAUAAAACCAUGGGGCAUGUGUGUUAUGUCUAUCCUAUGUCAUGAAGAAGGGGCUCAGCGUUUGGAGGAGCUUGGAGGGAGUUGCUUCUUAGGCCUCAGGUUCUGUGUGGAGGGGGAGGAGGGGGAGAGCAUAUGCAAUGAACUGUAAAGGUCUCUGCUGUGCAGGUGCUAAGAUGAAACACUAAAAAGAGAGAGAGAUAUAUGUAAUGUACAACCGACACUGCCAUUUUUCCUUGUGGGAGGAAAUGGACAUAGAUAAAGAAGAUAUUUCUUCGGUUAUGAUUGCUCCCCUCUUUAUGCUUAAUUCUUUGUGGUUCUUUUGACUCGUUUUCCACACAAGGGUGGGGACGCAAUGAUGGGGCUAUCUCUCCCCGCUAGCUUCUUUCAUGCUGAAUAAACUGAAGCUUCUAGAAGCUGGACAGCAGGUGGGAUUGGGGAGAAAGGCAUAAUCACAUGGGGUUAAAAACAAUAGCAACCUUAGACAUCCAUGGUUGAACUCCUCGAUUUCAUUUGGGAAAUAGACUCAGAGAGAAUGGCCUGCUCCUGGCUACCCACAGCUACUGCCUGAGCGGGGACCCAAGUUCCCGGGCAUCCCCCUACCAAAAUCAUUUUGCCAAGUUCAGGUUUUCUCCUCCAAGCAAGCUGCCAAGGGAUAUAGUACAUUUCAGCCUCAGGUGGUUUGGAUCGUUUUUGUUUUCUUUUAAUCAAGAAACUCCUUUCUCCAAAAAGAAAUGAUGUCAGAUUUCCUAGAAAUGCUCCAUAUAUUAAAUUUUAAUUUGAAUAAAAAUCAAUAACCAGAAUGAAAUAAGGUAGGUUUAAAUAGUGCAUUGGUCUGCCAAACUGGCCUCCCCAAGGAAGUAUGUAAAAAAUUAUUUCUUGAUUAACUCGGAGUGCGCGCGCACACAUAAAAUAACACUGCCAUUUCUUUGGCAUCUGUGAAAGCUGAGAAGCCUUGUGUGGGACUUGGGGGUCCAAGUGAAAGGAGAGACUCAAGAAGGAAAAUUAUUUCAAAGCACACCUGUAGAGGAUUUGGGUAGAUGCCACUCCGUCGCCAGGAAUGCUGUGUUUAUCUUUUUGCUGAGGCGGCACUUGCUGGAGGUCCUUCUGAGCAUCUGGACCUUCCUUUCUGUACUGGCAGCGAAACAGCACCGCACAUUUUAGGGCUGGAAGAGAAGGUAGAACGCCUGUGGUCUAAACACCUGCCCAGUGCAGGCAGCCUCCUUACCGUCUUUGGGAGAUGACUGCAGUUGGCUGACCGGGCCAUUUCAGGGACAGCAAGCUAUUUAGCUCUAUCAUCCACUUUCUGUGGAUUCCUAUGUUACUGAAGUGGAGCAAUAAUGCGCAUUCCAGGUGUAUUACCAAAAAAAUCAAUUAGGUAGACCUCCCAUACCUUGAUCAGCUUUUGCGUACCUUCCACCCACUGGUUCCAGUUCAGGAAUGCGCAUGUCUCUCUCAUAGUAAUGCUUUCCGAGAUAAAAUAGAAAGGCCUACCUCAGAGCUUACCGGAAUGUAGGAUAAUGUGGCUCAAAGAGAGCACCAUUCCCAAUAUGGUUUAUUUUAAGAUGAAAGAAGGAGAGGGCUGCAGUGCAUAAGAGGUAAGGAAUUACCUAGUUUCUUUGUGUGUCUAGGGGGUGUUUAUUUCAUAGUGGUAGUUUCCAACUUUAAUGUUCCAGUUUUCCUAGUAUGUAUGCUUAAAACACUUUUAACAUACAUAUAUGUUUAAACCAGUUUUAACACGUAACAUGCACUUCACGUUAAUACAGUUUUUUGGACCUCAGAUUUUGAAAGGAUUCACUGUUCAGGUAGGUUGGAAAUUCUUCGUUCCAGAUAGCAGCUUUUCACCAAGCACAAGAUUUUGCAGGUCAGUAAAACACAAAACGUGUUUUCCACACCUAGUACACAAAUGGGGCAUGUCAGAAAAAUAAAGAUUUGUAAGGAAAUGGUUCAUGUUUUUGUUGUCACUCACACACUACUGAAAAAGACAGACAUAUGACCAAUUAAAAAGAAUAAUUACAGUACACCAUGAUGAGUGCUCUUAUGAGUCAGGUAUACAGAGAAGAGCCCUGAAGAAGUGAUUAACUGUUCACAGGGUUGGUAAAGGCCUUUAUUCCAUGGGCAAGUUCAUUCUGAGUGUUGAAAGUGGAUAGGACGUGGGCAAAUAGUAAGGAAGUAUUUGUCCUUACUAUUUGAGGGCCAAGGAACAGAGAAUGCAAAAGCACAAAGGUAUAAAUAUGCAUGGUGUACUUCAGGGUCAGUUAAAAUAAUAGCUAUAGAAAGGUAUCAUUUGAAAGGGUAAGCCUACCAAGGACAGUGAGGAUUUUGACUCUUUAUCAGAAGUUGAAAGAAUCAUCCAUAAUCUUCAUGAGCUGAAGAAUGAAUUUAAAACUGACCAUCCCUCAGUUGCUUCGCUUCCUUCCCCACUUUCAUCUCUACCUUCCAAAGACUCAAAAUCUAAUAACCCCUCUAUUUGCACAGCACUUUAUGGGUUACUAGGCAAUCUUCACGUGCACUGUGCUACCUAAUCU